AUGGCAGAGCCCAUUAUCUUCUACGACAUUGCCUCGGGGCCGCCGAAGAGAAGCUACGCACCCAACCCGUGGAAGACGCGUUUCGCUCUCAACUUCAAGCGAGUACACUACCGCACCCACUGGGUCGAGCUACCAGACGUGGAGCGCACGCGCCGGAGCCUCAACUGCGCGCCCGUGCGCUGGCACGCCGACGAGCAGCCCUUCUACACGCUACCUGUCAUCGUGGAGCCGGCGACGGGCCGCACCAUCGGCGACUCCUUCGACAUCGCCGUGUACCUAGACGAGCAGUACCCGGCGGACAACAGCAGCAGACGGCCACAGCUCAUCGCCCCGGGCACAGCGGGGCUCGUGUCCGCGUUCAACAAGUACGUCGACGCCAUCUUCACCAACGCGUGCAUGAUCCUGGACCGGCAUCCGUGGGACCCGGCCACGGCCGAGCAGACCAAGGCCGAGUUCGUGCGGCGGCUCGGGGUCGACAGCUGGGAGGACCUGAUGGUCGGGGAGGAGGACAGGCCGAAGGUGCUGGCGGCGUUCCGCGUGAGCCUGGGGGGUUUGGCCGCGCAUUACCGCAGGGAGAAGGGGCUGUGGAUUGAUGGGGGUGAGAUGCCGGCGUAUGCUGAUAUGAUCGUCGCGGCUUGGUGGCAGAUGUACCGGAAGUGCAGCAGAGAGGAAGAGUACGAGGAGAUGAUGGGGUGGCACGAUGGGUUGUGGGAGGAGUUGAUGGAAGGGCUGGAACCAGUUGACCUUUUCGACCGCUUCAAAAAGCACUCCGGUCUUUCCAAGAGGCAUGUCAAAUUAUUCCAAGAGGUCGUGGUCAAGUAUGACUACAUCAGCCGAGAUGAUUGCGAGUCAGAGGACUGGGACGAUGUCGAACCGGCAAAGAAGCUCUAUCGCACUGACGGCUCCGAGCAUACGCUCACCGACGUAAAUGUGACAGAUGUCGCCAACGCAAUUGAAGACCACAUCGACGUCUACGUCGCCACAAACCGUCGCACCGAGGUCUAUCACAAAGUCUUCGAUGGCUUUCCCGGCCAGAAAAAGAUCCCCAAAUGGGACCGGUCAGUCGACAGCCCACGCUCCCACCCACAGACGCCGUUCUCGGCUCCUAGAUUAGCUGGACUAUCCCUGGCUGUGAUGAGCGAGGAACCUUUCAAGAGAUUUGUGUCCGCGUCACAGCUCAAACUAAAGGAUCUUGACCGCAUUCACAACAUGAUCAUAUGGCGCGACAGCGCGAGCAGUAACGGCUGCUGGGGAGCGAUAGCUUGGGACGAUUUCGAGGUACAGGGCGGCCGUCUAGGACCGGACCACAAACAUACGCUACGAGAUGUCCCAAUCUGUUACUUGCGUGACCGGUUGAUGGCAGCUAUCAAUACCGAGGUCGUCGCAGACAAACGCGAACAUGUACGAAAUGCUGUCUUUUCGGAUUUGAGCGCCUCGGAGGUCGAGGCAUAUGCUGCUGUCAUCGGCCAAGGAGAGGAAGAGAACGUUGAUGAGACCAAAUCGCGCGCCAAAAAGAAGUCAAAGGCCAGGAAGAUCCCAUCGGCAGAUGAUCCGGAGAGACAAGCGAAGGCCCAACAGAUCCGUGAAGACAGGAAAAUCAACUUGCAGGAAGCAGAGAGCAUCUUGAAGCAGCAGGAGCUCAUUGACGCGAUUGAUGACACCAUCGACUUAGCACCAAACCCAGCGUUCGCCGCCCGCAAUAUGACAUCGGACUUCGGCUGGGGCGAAACCAUCGAAACUAUACAUCCCUCGAGGAGGUCCGUGAAGACGCCAGGCAACCAAGUAGAAUCAGACGACGAACUACCACUGAAGGCAGCUUGGACCAUCGACAGAGACUGCGACCAGGUGCGCGCCGUGAUCAAGGUCUUCGUGACCCGGUGUCAGUGGACCAUAGACCAGUUGUUGGCCGCUCUAUAUGGUGUGUGGCGACCUCAGCUCAACAAGUUCCUGGGGCAACGGGGUCCGCUCCAAGGUAAGGAGAGUUUCGCGUUCCGUCGCAGCUGGGAAUUCUUCAAGCAGCGGGAGGUUCUGGGUCUCGAACUCGGAGGGCCUCUUCCAAAACCCCUAAAGCUGGCGAGGGAAGUCAAGCAGCUUCGAGAGCUGAGGGGAGUUGAUACAAAUCGUGGGCAUAAGCGAUCGAGCUUGGAGGGGUCGGAUAGGCCACUAAAGGCGCAGAAGACCUCACGCCGAUGA